GCAUCGCUACCCAAGACAGGUCAUUCUACCCGUAACGCUGAAACAUAGACGAGCUUUGUGUGUAACGUCGCACAGAAAAGUGAGGAAAAAUAACUAGUUUGUAUAGAAGAGAAGAAGAAGAAGAAAGAGAAAAAAAGAAAGAAUAAUGCAUGGUGUAAGAUAGAAGUAGAACAAAUACCGCCAGUGUAGUACAAAGGAGAAGAGAAAGGGGACAAGAAACAAACAGAGUAGGGUAAAGACGAACAAGUGAGAACAGGCGCCUUUGCGAGUUAUGCCUGGUCUUCUUCCCUUCUCUUGCUCCAUUGACACGCCCUCGAAACACAAAGUGCCUUCUCGCCAAGUUUGCCUUGCAGGAGUCGUCAAGUGCGUCAGGACAUUUGCCAUCUCUUUUUUCAUGCCGCGCCAUCCGAUCCAGAACCCCAACGUCCUCAUAUCAUGUUUCCCAGUUUGCCCCCGUCUUGCCAACGCCGCCGCAAUGCUCGACUCGCUUGUAGUGUCGCGUGUCGAAAGAAGAUGUACGUAUUCCCAAGUAUAUGCGGAAAAGGGACCGUGUGCGUGUGUGUCUGUGUAUAGAAGAGGAAAA